AUGUCUGGAGCCUUCGAAUCUCUGCCCCCUCUGAUCGCCGCACAGCUCAACUAUCUCCUCGCUCACUCCUCCCUCCCCGUAAAGGUACGCUGUGCGUGCUGAGUGUAAUCGAGGAGAGAAUUCUCCUUGACGCCGUUUUUCAUAUGAUUGCUCCGGUUGUGAUGGACUGCGAUCACGUAGGUCGAACAAAUAUGGUCCGGAUGCAAGAACGCCCAAUAUUCGGACCGAUUCACAUUACUCGUUCCCUUCUGCUUGGAUCAUAUCAAGUGUCAGUGGUUAAUCCAUAUAAUAUCUUCUACUUGUUUCUUUCUUUCUUUAAUUCGGGUUAUUUGUCGGGAUUUUCUUUGCCCUGUGGUUUUAUGGGCAGGGGAGAUAAUCUACAACGCUUACUACCCUUCCGCGGCACCGGACGUUGUAUUUCCUUCUGAAGAUGAGGACUUCCACCCUCUCCCUUUCCUCGAGGAUGAUGAGGGAGGUGAAGCCAGAGCGGACAAGAGCAGCUUGUGCAACUGGGACGGCAAGGAUCCUUCACGACUGUUGGCUCUGAUUCAUGAGAUGAGGUUUCUGAGUUUCAUGAGGCCUCUUGGUUUAUAGAUGCUAUCAUGUUUGCUUGCCAAAUACUCUUCCUGCGUGCUUGUGUCCAGGUACCUGUACAUUCAUCAUCAAAGGAGACGAGUAGGAGAACUUGACGAUCCAAGGUUGAAAUUUGAGAUAAAUACCGUUCUUUCCAGGGAGGUAAGCUGUAGGCAUCUUAUUUAAUUUAUCAACCUAUCUGGUCAAUUAUCCCUUAUCAUCUAUAGUAGUAUAUGUAAAAAAAAAUAAUUAAGCUUGUGAUUUUAUUGUCACAUUUUUUCAUUAAAUGAUGUUCCCACUCCUUCAAAGAUGAUUCAGUUGCUAUGCUUGGAAGAACUUGCCAAGAAUUUUCUGUCUUUUUGCAUAAUGUGAUCCCUUAAACUCUUUGCUUGUGCAAGUCAGAUAUGCAUGUGCAAUUGCUGAAGUUUAGGGAUGUGGAAUUUGUGGAGGAAAUGCUGCUUUUGUCUAUGUCUGUUCUCAUCUGUUGCCUGUAGACUAAACUGGGAAUUCGGGGGAACUUGAAUAAUAAGUCUGAACUUUGGUUAUUCAUAAUUAUGCUUUUUCAGUAAAGGCAUCACCUAACAUUUUGAUGGCGCGUAAUCAUUUGCGCUCAAGAGUGGUGCAUGAUUUUAUGCUUCUGCACUAUUCACAUUUACUACUCUCCCAUUUAGAUUCUCUUAAUUGUGAUUUGAAAUAGUAUUUAAAACCAGAAAACCCGUACCCACUCUCCAAGACGAGUCCUACAUGGCUCAUACAUGAAACAAACAUUUGAUUGCCACUUAGAAUGAACCUCUCAAACAAAGAUGGGCGGACUCUUUUAGAUGACAAUGAGUCAAGAGAAUUUAAGGGAAUAAAAAACCUUAAUCUUUGAACCUCUUAUUUAACCUAUUAGAGAUUUGAUGGAAAAAUACUGAAAGAAGUGGUGUAUCUCUACUUCCUUCUCAAGUCUUGCCAAGGCCUCUGUCUUAAGUGUUUCUAUCCAGUGGUCUACUCUAAAGAUAUUCUGUUGUAGGUAUUUUCAUGAUUUUAGAAAUUCUGUAAUAUCUCUUGAAUCUAUUUCAUUACAUGUUAUUAGAGCCAUCGUCAAUUUUAGUUUAGGUCCCACUGGAUCUUUAGACACCAUGUGAUGUCUUGAGGAUUUUUGGAAUGACCUUAAGUAUGCUAAUCUCAUAGUUUGUCGAGUUGAAUUGUUUUUCAUCUCAUUAUUGCAUCUAAGGGAACACAGUUUCCUUUCCUUUGUUUCGUGGCCAAAGUCAAACUCGUCAAUUGAUGCAUGGCUCUUUAGGGAUAGAUCCCUGUCCUGCCAUUUUAGAAUCUCUCCUCUGUUCAACAACGAUACAGAUAUACAAUGGCUUUCUUAUUUUUUCCCUGACACAGACUGCAGGGAGUUUCCAUGUUAUAGCUGUUAUUAUAUUUAUCGUCCAAGAGUUCGCAUCUCGUCUGUCUUUUUGAUGAUUUGGACUGUUGGGAGGCUUUCAUAAAUGCUCUCUGCUCACCAUCUUUCUCUUUUAAUUCUGUCUGCUUCAAGAUUGAAUAAAAUAGGCCUGCUGUUGAAAUCUGUACUAGGAUUAUUGGCAGCAGUCUGUCUCCUGCCAGACCAGAAUGCUUCUUCGUAGUUAUUAUAGUGUAUAGAAAAAAUAUUGGGUAUAGAAUCUUAGAAGGGAUAAAGAUGCACCAUAUUAUUUAAAUUAAAAAGGUCCGUUUUUUGUAAGAUACAUGUCACUUUAAGUUGUUUCUUUUAAGUAUGCAUUUUAUUCGUUUUUUACAUUCUACCUAGGUUUAUGCUCAUCAUCUCGUUCUCAUAAUUUUUAUAUUUGGUUUCAUAACUGUGCAUUUAUAUUUUUUUGCAUUUUAUUAUGUAGUGAUGUAGAAGUUUCCACGACGUAAGUAGUCCUGCAUGUUAUUUUCCAAUUUCGGAAACUUAGAUCAUCCUGCUUAUGGAUUUGUAUUUGAUGUUGAUCAUGUUUUUAUGACAUGUAUUAAAUGUGUAAUUUUGCAUUCCAAUAAUUUCUCUGAUGGAACUCCCUUUCUCUGAAAUUCCUAUUAUUCAAGCAGGGGAUUGAAGUAUGUAGGAUUUCUGGUACUGAAAGGGUAAGUCCUACGGAUUCUAUAACCAUAUCCAGAGUUUAAGGCCUCGCAUUUCUUUUCUGUGGUUUAGAUAUUAUUUCUUUAUUUAAGUCCCCCUUCAUGACACAGCUUUGUAAUUCUAGUGCAGACAGAAGGCGUGAAAUUUGCUGUGCCCUUAUUGGAUAUGGACUUGAACAAACUGGUACCUGGAUGCCCAUGGAGGAAGCAACAAAAGAUCCAUCUACAGGUAUUUAUCAUUUUUAGUUGAUGUAGGACAAGAAUUAUUGAAUCUCCGUUUUCAUAACUGCAUUUCCGUUAUGAAAUUUAUCCACAAAAGGAAAUAAACUGUUUUUCGAUUAUCAAAGUCUUAUGUGCUGAAAAAUAUUCAUGUCUUUUAUUAAUAUUCUGUUUAUCUUUGUAUCAAUAUUUUCGUUUUUUUAUUUUUAAGCGUUCUGUUAAUAUGGUCACAACUGUGAUUUGGUUCGAAAUUUUUCUAUGUAAGCUGUUAAACGCAAUUGAAUAUUGAUCCGAACCAAGGAUGACGCAAAAAACGUCUGCAUAUUUGGAAAUAUGUACACAUAAAAUUCAAAUUGUUUGAGAGCAUGCCUUACCCCAGCCAUUGCUCUCCUAUUUGAUUCAAGGCCAUCCCUAUUGCCUAUACUGUGAUAUGUGCAUAUACCAUCAGAUUCAACUACAAGAUAUAGCUUAGAUAAAUCAAAGCAUGACCUUGACUGCUGGUUACUGAUAUGAUAUGCGUUUCACUGACCGUUGAAGUGAAAACGAUAGCUAGCUUUUCUCACCUUUCUCGAGUUUCUCCUAUUUGGUUUCGAGUUUAAGAUCUCCAUUCAAAGGCUGGUGUUGUAUUAUUUGAACAGGUUUUCAUUCAUUUCUGGACCUUUGAAUCUCAUUGGCUUGUAUUUUUCUUAUUUUAAUGUGAGCAUCAAUUGCUCAUAUAUGAGAAAAUUAAGAGUGUGGAGCACUCUUCAAAACUUAACCCUAGCCGAUUAGUUUCGAUAGACUGGCAGAAAAAUCAGAUUGCAGUGUUACGAAGUGAUUCGGUCAAGGAUUUAAAAGGUUUUUUUUUUCAUUUAUCCAUUUAAUCAGAGUAAAAACAUAUUGACUCAGUACAGAAAUAGAGUUCUAGAAUUAUGUUUAUAUUUUUUUAAUGUAAAAUGUUGAGGCAUUUUUUAUGUCAAUUAAAAAUAUGACAUUAAGAAAAAAAUAAUUGAAAUGAAGCAAUUCUACUACAUAUUCUAAAAGCAUAUUCACCUGCAUUACACACACACAAUACUCUCUGAACAUGCAGCAUGGCCAAUAUUGCCGGUUUUCUUUUGUUGCUGAGUAAUUUUGUAUGUUUUUUUGUGUCUUGACUUCAGUUUAAAUUCGAUGGCUCUAUAGAAUGCUCAAGCAACCUACUUAUAUGCCAUCAAUUGGUUAAUUAUUCAGUUGGAAAAUUAGGUGAAUGAUUGAUGGCCGUGUUUAUUUUGAUGCUGAUCUCUAACUGUGAAAUAUACAGGCUGUGUUCCCUGUUACAAGAAAACACUUGUCUGCACCAAGUCCCCCGCAAAUAAAAUUGGUUUCUUCCCCAGAUUUAAAAAUGUUAUUCACGGUUGACGAUGUAAAGCUUCCUCCAUGGUUAAAUGGAAUGUAAGGCUUGUCUUUAACAUGAUACCACCAAUUUUUAUUUAUUUAUAUAGGCAUCUUCUUGGGAUAAUCUGAUUUUUAUUUAUACCGCCCUCUGCUUUUAGCCUGUUUUAUUUUCGUAUUGUGAUAAUAUCUUUUGGUUUUUUGUGUCCAAAUUCAUCCUGUGGAAGAGAAAAAUUUACAAGAAAAACAAUCCAUUAGUGAAGGGAAAAUGCUCAAGUCAUAGAACGGUUUACACUUGGAAAAAUGCAGUAAUGUUAAUUUGACAAUAAGAAAAAUAUGAUUAUUGCUCGCUAAAGCUUAAAAAAAAAAAAAAAACUGUAAAGCGUCUGAGGCCAAUAAAAUUACACAAUGCUGAGAGAAUCAUAAAAAAGCAAAACUUUAAAUUAUCCCUAGUUAUGAAGAUUGCAGAACACCCUCAUCAAUGACUCAUCAACAUUUUUCCAAGUUACUCAAAGACUCAUCAACAUCAAUGAUUUCUUCCAACUUUGGAUACAUCAUUUUAUCGAAAGUAUUUUCCUUUCUGGGAUUUUUAACUGACGUUUAAUCCCUGUUAACGAGGGAGUGCAUUGGGCACCACUUAAUGCUGAUAUUAAAUUCUAUUAAAUUAGUGCCAUCCUGAAAGAUAUGUUGCGAGAUGGCCUGAGCACUUUUCCUUACCCAAAUGGCCGAAUGAAUUCCUUUACGAAGAAAUUUUGGAUUGGACUUUCAUCCUUCAUGACUUCUUGUACGAAGGUCCAUUUUUUGAGGAUAUUCAUUGUAAAUUCUCUUGUAUUCCAUCUUUCUUUGUAGGAUGUAAUUUUUCAGUGCAAUAUAGGAAAUAUUCUUGUUUAUCCGUGAGGGAGAUAUUGUUGGCAGUUUUGCAACCAAAGCAUUAUGUAUGAACAUUAACCAAAUAUUUUCUUUAUGUUGCCCAUUUUUGUAUUGAAGGUGCAUGGCUGAAUAUCUUCCGAAUUUAGAAGAGAAACUACAGGAACAAGUAAGGCCAAAUUUUUGUGGAAAUUUAGAUUUAAAUUGGACUUUUCAUGCAUACAAUCUGCUGUUGUCGUAAAGCGAAAUAGUACCUUUCUGGCUAAAACAAUGUAUGGUAAACAGCGAUUUUGUUUCCUUUCUGUAAAUUUUAUAAAUUUCUCUAAAACAAAAUUCCUAAUGGAGUUCUUGAAGGAUAUGUUGGGGAUCUGAGACAAUGUAUUGAACACUUAGGUCAUCUAGAGUGUACUAUGUGACUGAAAUUUCGACUAUAUGAUGAGCUGCCAGUAAUAUCAAUAAAUGAUACCUAGGAGUUGGGGUUUCUCUUAAGAAAAGUAAAAGUCUAACAGUCUGCUGAGUCGUCUGAUUUUUUUUCUCUGAUGCUCUACUAUAAAUUAAAAAUGAAUGGCACCGCCACUGAUUAUCAUAGGCAGGAAGUCUUGUACUCACAGGAAGGAAAAAGUGAAAGGCUAGGGAUGUCACCCUUGCCAACCAUGUCAAUGAUAAGCUCAAGUUUCAGGGAUGAUCAUCGUCGCUUAUCAAACAAGUAAGAAGAGAACCAUGAUUUCUCUCAAUUAUAUUUCCUGGAAUCACAGGGCCCAAUGCUUCUUACAAUGUCCUGAAAAUCGCAUGUGCUCUUCCCUGGAGUCAUUUUUCCAUGUUGAACACGUAUGAAAGUUUAUUUCUUUCAUUGAUACGUUUGUCACAGAGUGAAUUUCUGCACCUUGCAAUUGUUUUUCUCAGUCAGACAGCUCCCAAGUUUUAUGGGGUUAAAACCUCAUCUAAAAAGGGGGAAGGGUCAUUGUUUAUAUUAAGGAUCUUUUUCAAUCUCACUCUCACAUUAGCGGCACUCUGCUCAAACGUCGUGGGCUUUUUUUCUUUUUUUCUUUUUUUUUUGCUUCAUCGUUUGGAUUUAGCUAGGCGCUAGUUUUAUGGUGUACCCGGGGUUAACAUCUCAGAUUCAUCAUAUACAUUGGAAAGAGUUAGAAAUGUGUUAUUUCUUGUUCUAUAGUCCACAGAAUGGUCAGAUAAGGGGCACAUUUGGUAUUUUCAUACCUAGUGGUUUAAAGUACUCUAAUGUUAUUCAGGAUGAUUGUAAAAAUUUAUUUCUCCAAAUUUCCGGCAUGAUAUAUACAUUUAUGAAGAUCUUGUUUUGUACAUCCUGCAUUUGAGUUUCGAUAGGCAUGUAGUUAUUUUUCCACUGCAGCCCUAGUUUUUAUACCCAUAAUCGUCUUCAUCUUGGAUAAGAUCUUAGGUGUAUACCUGAGGAUUUUUGUAAAGGAGAUCUUUACUGGAAACUCAGAAAGCAUAUUUGGAUUUUAAUCGCUAUAUGUUGUGAAAUUCUAAAUUAAAGGCAGCCUUAUAUUAUAUUGUAGAUGGCAUUAUCGAUAUACUUAAUGAGAUAAUUAUCUUUUAAGAUUUUGGAAGCAGUGAAGGCUGUUGGUGCCAGAAGACAGUUCAUUGAGGCCCUUGCCACAAUAUUUGGAAGGCCACUUGAAGCAGAUCCGGUAUGAUCGUGUGCAUUCAACCAGUAUUUUCUAAAGUAUGUUGAUUUUGAAGCCGAUGAGUCUUACCUGUUAUGUGCGUAUGCAGGUAUUCUGCAGAACUGCCACCGUUCUUUGUGUCUCUGGGGCUUUUAUAUUUCUGGUAUGAUAUGAAACCUGUUUUCUUACCAUAAAAACUAUGAGAGACGACAUCCUCUGGUCUAAUGUUGGCACGAGCUGUAGAUUGAGAUGGAAAGACUAAUCGUUUUUACGGGCUUAAUAUAUUUUAUUUCAUUUCGAAUAUCCACAGGUUCUGGGACUAGUUCAGCUCUAAUUGACAUCAAGGAAAAUAAAAUUCUGAAUACUCCGACUACGUUAAUUUUGUCCAUUCUUGAUAUGUUCCAUCUAGGUACACCUUAAAUUUACCCUUUUUUUAAUUAAUUAAAUUCUGAAAUCCCGUUGAAUUUUUUAUACCAAAGUGGGCAUAUUUUUUCAUCAGGAAUUCGCAGACCCCCUCAUCCAAUGCACAAAAAGUAAUGAGAAAAUAUUUUUCUGGGUUUUCCCCCCAGUUAUUGGAUUUUUCAAAUAAAUGGUUGAACAAUGUACAGGAAGAGAGAUCUCUUCUGGCACCAAAUGCCCGUAGAUGCCUCCUUGAUCUGGCCACUUAAGUGGUUCUAUUAAGAGUUCUCCGGUUCAAAAAUACUGUGCAAUGCUCCUUGAUUUUAUGGGUGAAACCGAAACUUUGCUCGAUAAUCCAAGUUCCUGAAGCUGAUAGUCUCCAACAAGUUAAAUAUUUCAUCCUUGCAGGUGCAUUUUUGUAUCCCGACUCAGUUUCCCAAGCAUCAACCGAUCUUGACCCUGGAAAGUUCUCUGGUAAGAGAUCAUUCCCCAUCUUCUUGUGUUCGAACCAAAUUCACUUGGAAUUAUUUAUUCAAAGUGGUAGGACUUGCAAUGCCUUUCCAUGUCUAUUCAUCUCGUCUGCAUCAUGGGAACAUGCGUGCUUCCUUUCUUUCAUUUGAUUUUUUUUUUUUUCCCCCAAUAUAUUGGAGCAAGAUUCAAUGAACAACAAAUAGCUACUCAUUCUUUGGCGCCUGUGUUUAUAUAUGCCUCAGAGUAGAAGUCUUUGAGGCAAGAAAAUUAGAGUAAUCAAACUAGUGAUUUUACCUUGAGUAGAAAAUCAAUAAAUAAAUAAACUAUAUAUAUGUAUAUAUAUAGUGGAUGGAUGCUGGAAUUGGCUUGAGCUGAAGUCGUGUCAUUCUGCAGCAUGUUGAUCUGCAAGGAAGGCCAAUAAAGUCACUGCCGAUGAUGGAAUACCCGUGGAGCCCAAGAUGGGAAACAGGCCACAUGGUCGAGCGGAUCUUGUGAGCUCCCCUCCUGAGACAUUAAUUCGGCCCGUUUUUUUCUUUCAGCCCUAAUCAGGACUCCGUGCCUUAUUAACUGACGAUAAUUGUUCCAGCGAGUUCUUGGUCGAGGAGUGCUUGAGCUUCAAGAGUUACUGUAUUGAGGCCUCGUCUCGGCAGCAGUGA